AUGACACCACAUGCGUACGCAUUUGGGGACGUGGAUAAUGACGAGGAUAACGAAUUUAUUGUUGGAAACCUUAAAGGCGAGCUAGCCAUAUUCAAAGGUAUUUCGGUCUGUGGACAACCUGUUAUGACCUGUAAAAAUUUAGGAACUAUCACUUGUAUUGCUGUCGGUGAUAUACGAAAUUCCGGAAAG